AACCAUCCCAACUGCAUGCGAUACAGCGGUAUCUACCUGUGUUGACAAGUCGUCAUAUUACGUGUGCGACUGCAUUUCUGGUUACCAACAUCCGCCCAAUAACGACACCUACUGCGCUGACGUGGAUGAGUGUUUCGAAAGCCAACAUAACUGCAGCAAACCGCUGGCGACAUGUUUGAACACUAAGGGUUCAUUCGUCUGCAUAUGUCCGUACGGCUACGUGCAAGUGAACAAUAACUGCCUAGAAGAGGACGAAUGUACAACUUACGCAAACGCUUGCGACAACAGAACUUCAACAUGUGUGAACAAAGUAGGAACGUACAGUUGUAACUGCUUGAGUGGAUUCUACAGCAAGAACCCAUGGACAUGUGAUGACAUCGACGAAUGUGCACUGAACCUGCACAACUGCUCGAACCCCACUGAAAUUUGUGUCAACACUGCUGGCUCCUUCGUUUGUCAGUGCUCACCUGGCUACCAGAGGUUCAACAACGUCUGCUCGGUUUCAGGAGAGAGAAACCUCUUGUUUGCGUUCAUCGGAGUUUUUGGAGCAGUCAUCCUGACGUUGAUAGGCGUGUUUGCCUCUUGUGCUGCCUCCUACCAAUCCCAACUGGCCAAGGCAAACCUCUCAGAGUAACGAAGCUGAAAGACUUUAAAAUGUAACAAAACUUACAUUAUAAUGUUCUUUUUAAAUGAUUUUAUUAGAAUAGAAAUAUUUUUAAACUUUUUAAAUAUUUGAUUCCUCAAAUUGAGUAUUUAUUUGCAUCGGUGAUAUAUUUUUAAAUAAACAAUCCUUGGUUGUUUACUUGAUAUUCUAUUAUUUAACUCUUUUAAAAAAUUUUAUUCGCGAUUUAUAAUUUUAAACAAUCCUUGGAUGUUUGCUUGAUAUUCUAUCAUUUAACUCUUUUAAAAAAUUUUAUUCGCGAUUUAUAACUUUCCAUAUAACAGCAUUAUUAACAGUU